AUGGCUGUUGCUACAGAUCGGCUCUUGAAGCGGCUUGAACGGUUACGUACUAAAUCAAAUCACAUGAUCAAUGAUGUUUCUCUAGACAAUGAACAUACUCCCUUUAUUGCAUCUCCAUCCUUCAAAAUUCUCUGCAAGAAAGCAAUGUCGGUCUGUAUAAUUGAUCCCCUAUGGAGAAUUGUGCACCUUUCAGUUCCUGAAUUGAUCAAAUUUCUUCAUGAAGAAGAAGGUUAUACUUGUUUAAAUGUUUAUUGGUUGAAGUCUUUACCGAAGAUCCUUUACGAGCUUCAAACUGUUUUAGAUUGUGUAAGCGACAGCAGAAAUUGGGGCAUUUUGGAUAGGCAUGUGUGGGAUGAGGUAAAUAAAGAUGAAGAAGUGUUGGGUAUGUUGAAGAAGAUUAAAGGUACGUUAUCUGAUUACUUUCCUGUUCUCAUUGAUGAAACUCCAAGAGUCAGUUGUGCAAUAGAAGAAUUGAAAACAGUGAUUGAUGCAAUUCUAAUACUUUGCUGUGAGUUUCUAGACUCGGAUGUGAAAUUUGUUGUGUUUGAUGAUAUAUCGAGAAGAAAACUUGAGUCUGGAUUUACGCAGAGGCAACUUGAACUACUCCCAGUACCAUUAAAACAGAGUGUAGAUGAGGAAAAAACCGUGGUAGGGUUUGAAGAUGAUACAAUAAAAUUGCUUGAUAAGCUUACUGGAUUUUCAAAGAAACUGGAGGUCAUCCCAAUUAUAGGAAUGGCAGGAUUGGGUAAAACUACCUUGGCCAAAACAAGGACUGAAGGGUCAAAAUAUCUAGUUAUCUUUGAUGAUAUUUGGGAUGAUAGUCAUUGGAAGGAGUUAAAACAAUAUUUUCCAGACGAUAGAAAUGGAAGUAGGAUACUGCUAACCACCCGGAAUUCAAAUUUAGGGUCAACAACCGCUCAUAGUCAUAGGUUGAGGCUACGAACAGCUCGUGAAAGCUGGCGAAUAUUACAAAUGAUGGUUUUCAAAAAUGGAAAAUGUCCAUGGAGAUUAUAUGAUAUUGGAAAGCAGAUUUCUAGAAAAUGUUGUGGGUUGCCUCUUGCAGUUUCUAUAACUGCAGGGCUUCUGAGAGGUAAGUGGACAAGAGCCUCAUGGAAAGAAGUUGCUGAAAGUCUAAGCAACUAUAUUGUGAAUGACCCAAAUCAGUAUAUGGAUACUCUAGCUUUAAGUUACAAUCAUUUGCCUCCACAUUUAAGACCAUGUUUUUUGUAUCUAGGAGCAUUCCCGGGUGAUUGUGAUAUACCAGUGCACAAGCUGAUUUGGUUAUGGGUUGCUCAGGGAUUCAUACAUCAAACCGGGAGUGGGAGUGGGAGUAAAACUUUGGAGGAUGUAGCGGAGGGUUACUUAAUGGAUUUACUCGGGAGAAGUCUUGUAAUAGUUUCCAAAAAAGGUGUUGAUGGACAAAUUAAAGCUUGUCAUGUCCAUGACCUAUUGCGUAGUUUGUGCUUGUGGAAAGCAAAUGAGGAGGGGUUUUCUCCUGUAGUGUACAGGGUAUUGGAUAUCGAAUCCACCUCUAUAUUCUCAUUUCCAAGGGAAGUACUACAGCUAGUUAACUUGAGAUAUCUAGCAAUUCAAGCUGAAGAUGGGAACCCCCCAACAUCAAUUUCCAACCUCGUACACCUACAAAUCCUCAUCAUUUCAUCAAGGAAGAAUGUUUUUAUACCUAGAAGUACAUGGGAUAUGGAAUGUCUGAGGCAUCUUUAUAUUAAGUCGGGGGAAAAGGAAAAUCUUAUUGAAGAUGUAGAUGUGUAUUCUGAUCGGGUAUUAGAGAAUCUACAGACUAUUUCAGGUGUUUGCCCUUCUACAUCUUGUGUUGGUAUUUUGUCCAGAACUCCCAAUCUUAGGAAACUUGGUUUUCAUGGAUCUUUAGUAUCGCCUUUAGGGGUUUUGGAGUUUCCACGUAUAUUCUCUUUAACAUGUCUUCAAACGUUGAAGCUAUCAAAUACAAAGAUGUAUCAUUCUAGUGUGAAGUCAUGCAGCCUCCUUAUGUUUCCUGAAAGUCUUACAUGGUUGACUUUAUCAGAUAUUGGUUUGAACUGGAACGAGAUUCAGACAAUUGGGUUGCUUCCAAACCUUGAUGUUUUGAAACUGAAUGUUAAUGCGUGCAUUGGAGAAAUAUGGGGAACAAGUGACACGGGAUUGGGAUUUAGAAAUCUCAAGUUGUUGAAGUUGCAAGACUUGGAUUUAGUAAAAUGGGAAGCUUCAAGUGGUGACUUUCCAAGGCUUCAGAGGUUGGUUGUGCGAGGUUGUUCAAGACUUGAAGAGAUUCCAGCCUGUAUUGGUGAAAUCUUAACACUAGAAUUGAUCGAGGUAAGUUGGUGUAGCGAAUCUACUGCUCAAUCUGCGAGAAGAAUUCAGAAAGAACAAGAGAGAAAUGGAAACGAUUUCCUUAAAGUCUUUACUUCAGUGCAUAGAGAUCAGCAAGGAAAAAGGAAAAGACCAAGCCAUGAUUGA